CGAACUUUACUAAAGAACAGUUCGCAAAUUUUAUUUUGAAGAAAUUUUGCGCGUUAUUCUAGCGAGAGUGUGUGUAUUGUACUUUUACACAAUAUAUAAGUGAAGAACAUCUUUAAGGCUUACUACUCAACAUUUUAACUAUUUAACUAAUAUUUAAUAAAAUAUAUUUGAAAAAUAAUUAAUUUUACUGCAUCAGAUAAAGAUAAUAUUUGAAAAAUCAACCAUGAACCAUAAUUACUCUGAUAAUCGUAAGGGAGAAUACUAUGGAAACGAUAAUGUCAAGAGGAGAAGGAAAUUUCAUCACAGGAGGAACACCAAUCCCAGAAGGUUCAGUAAUAACGAGAACCAUUAUGAAAAUCAUCACAGUGAAGUACGUGAUUUUAAAGAAAAUAGAUAUUCCGAUAAUAAUACGAAACAUUGUGUUAAACCAAAGUUAAACCCUUCGGCAAGUCAGUUCGGUGGCAAUUGUUCGACGUCUACGCCAAAGAAGACGAAGCAAAUCAAUCAGGGGACCAAUACUGAUCAAAUCAAUCUGAGUUCGAAGAGUAUCCAGACCUGCACAUCUUCUCCGCUACCUGAGGUCAAGAAACUGGAGCCUUUGGUCGAGCUGUCCGAAAUUGUUGAUAAUGGGAGUGGCGAAAAGAAGUACAUAUGCAACCGCUGCAAGUGCGUGAAAGACGAUCUCAUUCAAAGCAAGAUUGAGGUGGAGCAGUGGUUCCAAAAUGAAAAUAAUAACAUCUUCGCUGGGUACAUGCUAGAGAAAGGUAUUCCUGAACAACAACAGCAGCAGCAGCAAGACUUCGGCAACCUAUCAGCCAUUGGUAAUACGGAGGAGGAUCUUAUACGCGAGGAUAUGAUCCAUCUGAAAUUGAACAAGGACGACCUGACGCCUCAGCACUUAGUCGAAUACAAACAACAUAUGGACAGUCGUUCAAAUAAUUUCGGAACGCCAUAUUACGACGGUUCCAACGAUUCUAUGAUAGCUUCAAAUCAACUGGAUCACAUGCAUAUGUAUGUGCCGUUCUUGUGCCUGUACCCAGUUCCGAACGGCGAAGAGUCGCCACAUCAUCAUCAUCAUCGUCAUCAUUCAAUGCAGAAUCCACAAAUCCAGAAUCCUGCAUUAGAUUACUCUUUCGCUGAAGCCGCUCAAAUUGCGAACGUCUCAGGGCCUCAACCCUAUACAUCUUGCCAUUUUGCAGCAUUCUAUUUUACCAACUAUUUCCAACAACCGCCAGCGCAGCCGCAACCACAAAACUAUUAAAUUACUCAUUAAAUGAACCACAAAAAAACUUAAAUAAUAUGUAAGUUUAAAAAAAAUAUAUAUA